GUAAGGCGUAUAAAUGCUGUCGAAUCCAAGAUUCUCGUCCUCCUUCCUUCUUCCUUUGACCUUCCCACCCCAUCAUCCAUCUCAUCACAAGCAGAAUGAUGAGAGUACCACGCUGCACUGGAAAGUCUGAUCUCCUCAUAGCCAACAUGGCGCAACUCCCUCACCACUAUCGAAUGCCCACUGAACUUGUCUUGCACAUUGGCACCUACCUCUCACCGGCCGACUACUUGAGCCUAGAAGCAUCCUGUCGCCACUUCCGAUAUAUGCUUCAGACUGAAACAACCAAGAUCUCCGAUGCCUUUGACCGGCGGAAAUUCUUUCGACGGAUAAAAAGAGACAUAUGUUCGCAGGCUGCACGGGCAGAAAUAGAAGCACUAGAAGGUUAUAAGGAGGGCAGGACGACUAGACUUUUACUAUCCCUAGAAAAUCUGUUCUGCAGCUACUGUUUAUCCCCUCACCUAGUUCAGUUCUUUAGUCUAAAUGCUGUUCUAGAAUCCCCAUUCAACCGCGAUUGUCGAGGAGCAGCAGGCGUCUUACGAGUAUGCCAGCAUCGCGAAAUGACUUUUACAGAAGUCAGAAAGGCUAUCCCAGCUAAAGCGCGAGAAAAGUAUCUGUGCAGUCAUCGAGAUCACUACAGAGACUCCGGAGGGCCCUGUAUCUUUGAUGGAGCCCGUCACUUACGCAAGUCAAGGGCUGCUGAGAGGUGGGUUCUCAUUAACCCUGUGUAUUUCCAUUGUCAACAUUGGAGUUACUUUAACCCUGAGCCCUUGCGCCUUAGUAUAUCUAAGAUCAAGGUCUAUCUCUGUCAGCAUCUGACUCCCUCAAGUCAGGCCUUCUUUGAUCUCAUGUAUGCCCCGAUACGGAAAGACGAAGAUUGCUGCGUAAAAAAUUCGCUUGUUUCUGAAUCACGGUGCCCGCACAAGGAUUGUAACACCCGUUUCACGUUUAGAGAUUUGGCAACACGAAGAGCAGAACUGGAGGUUUCGCGAGCAUUGGGGAACCUUUUGGAACCAACCUCAAAAAAAUGGUUAAGCCACGUUCAAGUCGCCACCACUACCUCGAGCCGUGCUCGUGUAGCGAGAAAGCAAUGACCUGAGCUUAAAUCACUUCGCAGAUGGUAUCCUAUUUCUUCAUUUGUGGGGCCUUGACUCCGAUUUAUUAGUGAAUUCUGGUCUUUCGAAGUAAAUCGGAGAUCAAAGUGCCAGGAUGAGCUAUAUUGGAAGAGUCUUAUUCAACUAUUGAUGAGGAAGGACUUUCCUGUCUCUGGUCUGGAUCCACGUCUUGAUUAGAUCCUCCCCCCGGGUUUUGGAUCGUUGCCGUAUCUGGAAACU